AUGGACCGACAGCCGCGCCGCAGGUCGCCACACGCCGCCAGCAGGCCGCCUAGUGCUGCGCGUCCCAACGUCGCCACCAGCAGCGGUGGCGGCGGUUUCGAUGAAACCGUUAGCCGCGGCGACGGGGCUGCGCGCGAUGCGGACUUGACGCCCGCGCGGUUGGCGGAGAUGGCGGAGCGACGGCAGUUGGCGCAACUGAGAGAAUUGGAUGAUAUGGCGCUGGAAGAGGAAGGGGAGGACGAGGGGGGGGAGGACGAGGGAGGGAGCGGAAGAGGCCGAGGGUGGCGCAGGUCGAGAGGCGCACUGGGGGGCGGCGUGGCGGUGGGCGCGCGCGCGGGGAGCGCGGAGGGCGAGGCGAGCGAGAGGCGUGCAUCGGCGAGCGCGGAGUGGGCAAGUGGGGAGACAAGGGGAGGGGAGGCGGUGGAGGGGGUGGAAGGGGAGGGCGAGAAGGACGCGGAGAGGAGGAGGGCGGCAGCAGGAGAUUCGGCCGAGGUAUGCUCGGAGAAGGCGUUAUGUGGUGAAAGGAGAGACGGAGGGAAGCAUGGCGUGGAGGAGGAGGGAGGGUUGGGGCCAGGUAGCAGCAGGCAUGGUGAUGACGUGGAGUCUGGAGAGGAGGAGGAGGGCGAGGAGGAGGGAGGGGAAGAUAUGGGAGAGGAGGGAGAGAUGGGGGGAGAGGAAGGCGAGGUAGCAGGCAGUUGUGAGGAGGGAGAGGAAGGAGAGGAAGAGGAGCAGAUGGGGGAGGGAAGCGAGGAUGGAGAGGUGGAGGCGAGGGGCGGCGAGGAGGGAGCAGGGCGCAGGGCUGACUGUGUGCGGUGCAAUGAGGUGGGGCAGGGCAGUGGCGCGGUGCAGAGAGGCAUGGACGAAGGGGAGAGGCAGGCGGAACGCGGCAUAGGAGGGGCGAGGCGGCCGCAGCAGAGACAGAGGAGGCAAGCGGUGCGAGGAGAGGAGGGAGAAGGGGAGGGAAUGAGAGAGGGAGAGGAGGUUGUGGCGCGUGGGAGGGACAGCGCAGCCCAGAGAGAGGAGGCGAGGGGGAUGGGCAGAGGUGCGAGGGAGGGGGCGGCGAGGGGAGGCGUGCAGGUGAGGGGAGGCGAGGUGGGGGCGGCAGAGAGAGCUCAGGUGCAGCAGAUACGCGCGGUGGAGGGGGAGGCGCUGGAGGAGGAAGAGGAGGAGGAGGAGGAGGGAGACGAGGGGGAGUCGGGAGGGGCACGGAGGAGUGCAAGUGAGCGGCGGAGACGAGCGUCAUGGCGUGGCAGUGGGCGUGGCAGCACCAGGGGCGCACAUGGGGGCGUGCAGGCAGGUGAGGGCAGGGGUGGAGAGAGGGGGGAGGGGGGAGCACAGCAGCACCUGCUGCAGGCGUCACAGCAAGGGGAUGAGGCAGGUGUGCGGAGCGGUGCAGCGGGCGGUGGAGGUGCCGGAACGGGUGAUGGUGGCGGCGAAGGAGGCGCAGGAGGCGGGGGGGGUGCGGUGGCGGUGGUGGUGAGUGCGGUGGAGCGGCAGCAGAUCGAGCGCAUCCUGGCCAUCCAGGGAGAGGAGCUGGAGGAGGAGGAGAUGGGCGAGGAGGACGAGGAGGGCGAAGACGAGGAGGAGGAGGAAGAGAGGGGGCGGGCAGCAGGGGGCGAGGCGAGGCGGCAUGUGCUGAGCUCCAGCGACAGCGAUGACCCCAGGGGCGAUGGAGACGCGUUGAGGGUACGAGGAGGACUCACAUUUGAUCCGGCCAUCACAUCGCUGCACACAUACCUUGGAGAGGGGGACGACAUCACGGGAGCACAGGCGUUUGCUGAGGGAGGCACCAUUCUUCGCCUACCCAUGUUCUAUCUCGAAGUCUGCCCUUCCCUACCCUCCCAUGCCGUUCCCUACCCUCCCAUGCCGUUCCCUACCCUCCCAUGCCGUUCCCUACCCUCCCAUGCCGUUCCCUACCCUCCCAUGCCCUUCCCUACCCUCCUUCCCCUCGCACUUACUCCACCUGCGUGCCCGUACCUGCAUGCCCGUAACUGA